UCAACACCACUUACUUCCGGUGCUCAUGGGACUGAGCGACAUCAGAUGUACAGACAGACAGAGAGAGAGGGAGGAUGGGGAUACUGCUGUUCUGGCAACCCUUCACCUAGAUCAUCCUUUUGUGCACGGCGAGCUGCAGGCUGACAGCUCGGCGCCCUGUCCAGCUGUCACCACCGGCAUUGGUCCGCCAAGCAGACACACGUAGGCGCGUACCCGAACGACCAGCCCCCUUCCUACCGGCAGACCGAGAGCCAGCGAGCGGCGGGACAGCCAGGCAGAGACGACCCGCUGUUGCAGCUCCAACCGGACGGAGAGGGGCAGAGGUCUCCAACGGCCGAGUGAUCUUGUUUGUAGGGAGGUGUGACACUGUUGAGUCUCCUCGCUGUGUGCAGCAGCACUGUGCCAGCUAUGGGACCUGAGGACAGAGCUGAAGUAGAGCCAGGCGAGGUGGCAGCGUGCCCGUCGGGCCUACAGGCCUGUGUCUCUACAGCAACGCACAACAGCAAUGGGCCCGACGCACAGCAGACUUUGAGCUGCGGCCAGGCUGAGAAAGUGUUUGUGGAGAACAAAGCAUCAGUUCACCUGCAGCAGAGGGAGACUGAGCGAGGCUGGAGCAACCUGGCUGCUUCCCUGCAAACUAUGGUACCCAGAAUGCACCUCAGUAAUAUGUCAGCUACUAGAGAGGCACCGUGCAGCUUCCGCAGCCCAGAGUCAGUGGAGAUGGAUGAGAUCAUGGCCGCCAUGGUUCUGACCAGUCUGUCCUGUAGCCCUGUGGUGCAGAGCGCUCCACAGACAGAUCCCGGACCAGGUGGCUCCUCAUCAUCAGUUGACAUGGAGUGUGGCGGGGGUGAGCUGUCUGACAGUGGCAGCAGCGGUUACUGGAGCUGGGACCGUGGCAACAUGAGUCCCGCCCCCUCACCGUCUGUUACAGAGAUGGACAGCAGCCCCGAUGAAGGCCUACACAUGAAGGUGGAGCAUGGAGAGGAGCUUAAUGCCAAAAAGCCAAAGUCACAGAGCUCUUUCAGAGGUGUGUACAAGUGUCUGUGGCCCAGCUGUGGCAAGGUGCUCACGUCUUCAGUCGGAAUAAAAAGACACAUCCGUGUGCUGCAUCUGGGCAGUGGGUCUGAUCGGUCUCAGAGAGAAGAGGACUUCUACACCAAGAUCUCCUGUGAGGCUGUGGAGUCCAGCUCCGCUCCAGCUCCUUCCCAGCAGGCUCUGGGCCAGGCCUCAUCCUCCCAUGUCAGCUGGGUCUCCUGUGGUUCUCCUCCAAGCUCAGGGCUCCAGAUCCCUCCGGCUCACAGGCCCAGGUCCAACUCCAGCUCCGGGUUGGGCCUGAGCAGACCCAGUGCGCUCAGCCAGUCAGCCCCCAGCAGCUUCUGGCAGAUCCACUCAGAGCAUCUCUAUCAGGCCUGUAGCCCCGUCCAGGUAUCUGUGGUGCCCAAGAGCCCUGGCUGCCGGGGUUGGACCCCCUCCACCUCUGGUUCCGUCCACAGUAACACUCCGAUGGUGAAAGCUCGCUGCCGCUCUGUCAGUGUUGGGGAGCAGUGGCUCCAACAGAACAGGCUGCAGCCUGUGAGCGCGUCGCCCUCCCGCUCUCACUGCUCCUUCAGGAAGGGUCGUGGGGAGGCCAAAAAGUGCCGCAAGGUGUACGGAGUGGAACGCAGGGAUCAGUGGUGCACCGCCUGUCGCUGGAAAAAAGCCUGCCAGCGUUUUCCCGACUAAAACCAGCUGCAUGAUUGAAUGAAAGAGGGAGUGAGAGACAAAAAGGUGGAUGGAUGGAUGGAUGAGUGAUGAAGGAGACUUUUAUCAUAAAGACGACCUGUGUCAGGGCCUUGAGAGCCAUCAAGAAAUACACAUUUUACUUUUUUUUUUUUUUUUUUUACAUUCAACCUGUUUUGUUUCUUUCCUAAAGGAAUGCAAAUGGACCUUUCUGUAUCUUAGUAACUUGAUCCUGGAAACGGGUGCGAGGGUGCUAAUUGUUUGCUGACUUUGACCAUGUUGUGUACUAAGCCUACAUUACUCCGGUUUUAUCCAAAGGUCAUAUUACUGCCCCUGUAGCUUUGCUGUAUUAGAGUGCUACUUGGCUGUUUUCUUUAUUCCAACCUUCUCUUCCAGUGGUUACACAGUGGAUAUGAUGUGCAUUGUAUUGUGUGCUUCAAGUUACGUACAAGUAUUUUAUACCUUUUUUUAUUGUCUUGUUAAGCCCAUGUACUGGGGUGAUGAACUUACUUUUUUUUAAUGAUCAUGUUUUUCGCACUUUGUUGGAAUAUAAAAUCACAAGAAUAAGCUAGAUUUGGUUUGACCCAACCAAGUUCCUUCCAAAUGGAUUUCCGUCUUGCCAUGUUGUUGGCAUAUGACCAGUAUUAAAUGGUUUUUCCUGUGAAGCUAUGGAGUCAUGGCAGUGGGAAUGAGUUUGUAAUAGCAAUAAAAAGAGGAAAUAUGUUGUCAAAUACAUUAAAAAGCACUGAGUACGC